AAUGGAUUAUCAAGACAAGUGUCCAUUUAAUAAUUUCUGUGGUUUUGAACUUCGUAAUUCAUUGCAUAAUAGACAUUUAACUUAUUUUCAAAACGAGAAGAAUAAAAAAGAUGAUAAAAAGAUUUCAUUGACUAUUGUCAAUAGGCCUAAUGACCAGAAAGAGUUUUCAGAUAUUAUUGCAGUUUUACUGGUUUCAACAAAUUCGGAAAAAUGUAUACAUUUCACUGGAAUAACUGGUCUUGAUAAAGAAUAUUCUUUCUUAGAUGUAGAAUUAUUGGGAAGAAAAUUUUUAAGUGAACCAUUUAAAAGGGUCAAAAGUUUAAGAAUUCGUAAAGAUAGCUGGAAAUUUUUUAUCCCAGGUUAUCUUGUUCAAAUAUUUAUUCAGAAUUCAAAUGGAACACUAAAACAAAUUGGUGAUUUAAUGAAGGAAGAAGAAAUUUUACAUAUAUUUGGUUCUUUCUUUACAGAUAAUCUUCAAAAUACGCAAUCCGAGCAGUUACUUACAUCAUCUAUUGAAUUUGAUGAAAUUGCUAUCUAUAAUGGAAAAUGUAUUGGUGAAAUUUCUGGUAAGGUUAAUCAAUUUGGUCAGCCAUUUUGA